AUGUCUGGCCCUCUGAAUGUAUUCAGGCAACCUCUGGCGUUCUUUUCCAACAGGCCCCCAACGGGUUUCCACAGAGAUGGUUACUGCAAGACCGGGGCCGCGGACUUCGGCAACCACGCAGUGGCAGGCGUUCUUACAAACGAAUUCUUGGACUUCUCAGCAUCGCAGGGGAAUGAUCUUCGAAGUGCAGGGUUGACGGAAGGAUGCAAAUGGUGUCUUUGCACAUCGAGAUGGCUGGAAGCAUUACAGGCAUAUAGAGAUGGGAGGAUCAGUAGGAACGGGGUGCCGAGGGUGCAUUUGGAGGCCACGGAGGAUAGUGCUCUGAGGCAGGUGGAUUUGGACACGUUUCGAGAAUUCUCGGCGAGGCCAGAAGGUGGUGCAAAUGGUGUUAAUGGUGUCAAUGGCCAUUAG